AUGUCUAUGAAUGCCCCUGUUACCCCAGCAGAUGAUCCGUGGGACUGGUCGGUGGAUCAGGUCGUCAAAGAGUUUUGCCGGGACGCCGAGGACCGCCCCGCCUGGUGCUCCUCAACAGACCGUCUGCCAGACCCGACAAUUCUGGAGCAAGCCCUACGGGAGAACGAUGUGACUGGUGAAAUCAUCCUUAUUGUUAUCACAAAAGAUGUCCUCCGCGAUGACUUGGGGAUCAAGUCAAUGGGGCAGAGACACGCUGUUGGAAAAGGCAUUGAUUACCUGCGUUUGCGCUCGCAAAAAUUUCAGACUUCACCUGCUAAUCCGACUGUUGCACCACCAUUCACUCCAGUGCAGUCGUGGCUGCAAGCAUCUGGCCCACCAUAUGACCCGGUUCCCAAUAUUGGCGGCAGCGUCCAGUCCGUUGUACCACCCGGCCAGACCUUCGGUAGUCCACGACUCGAAGCGCACGUCAAAACUCUCGAAAGCUUGCAUUCGCACAGCAGAAAUAUCCGCCAACCGUGUCAGCUUGUCACCGUUUCUCCCUUACCCAAGGAGACUUCAGAUAAUGAAAAUUGCCGUAAUGCAACUGUGGGCACAGAGCCAUUCAAGAUUGUUGAUCAGCCAAUUACAGCUUCACCGCAAGGCAAGAGUGGCGUGAAGGUACCAAGACGGAUCGCGCCUACUUUUGUGCGUCACCUCGAUGAGAAGUCUGGUCAUUCUGCGCAGCUAUACGGAGAAGAUGUUGGCUUUACAAACCAAAAUGGACUCGACGGGGAAGAAAGUGACGAGCGAGAGUUCGAGUUUAUUAGUACCGACGUGGCCGGCGGAGAACAAAUAUCCGCAUCUCGUAGAGUAAAGAAGUACCUUGCCAGCCUCAGCAAAGCCAUUCUCAGCUCUCCACAUCCUUCCAAGUCCCUCCUUAUCCAAGACAACAAUGAUGCAACUGACAAGAAUUCGCAAGAGAGCUUGCGUGACCAGAAAGAGCAUGAUGAAUUUCAAUACUUACUUGCUAAAUAUCCACCUCAGCCCGACACUGAGGAUGCCUUAGCAUUAUAUGGUGACUCUGGAGACGAGGGAUACUUUGAUGCGGAAACGUGGCAUGAAAUGGAGAGGGAUGCUGCAGAAGAUAGGGAGAAUCACUAUUCGAAAGGUGCUUUGUCUCUGCAAGAAGUUAAUGCUACGAUCGAUGAAGUCAUUGAAGAGUUCAAACUACUUUGGCGAGAGACAAAGCUUGCGAAGGUGCAAGCGAAGGGCUUCCGUUUAUGGAAGAACGCCCAGCGAGAUGGACGAGUUCAGAACGAAAUUGCCACUGCUCAGUACUGGAUCCAGCAUCUUCAACAAUCGAUUGUCAAGAUAAGCCAGGCGAUAGCACGAGAGUCGUGGCCAAAUGUGCGAGCCCUCCGUCAACAAUGUCACAGUCUCGAGGAGUCUAUUUUUCAACAGCAGGAGUAUCAGUACAACAUCACCAUCCUAACCAGGACAACAGCCCCACCACGUCCAACCCGCAACUCUGUCAGACGCGAGAAUACUAGACCUCUCGACUUGGCCGAUGAAGACAUAUUCCUGGAAUCUGAAAGUGAUGUUUCAAUGAGUAACUUCUUAGAUGAUGGCGCAAGUCAGGACACCUCCACAGAGCCGCAGCGCGUACCUAUCGAAGAGACAUUUCCCAUACAUGCUUCAGAGGACAGCGACGAUGUGCUCUCCCCUAUAGCAAAGAGACACAGGAAUAAGCCAGUGGCCGCUCAUGUGGACCCACGGAAAAAUCCUUUCUCACAGUCUUCGCCAUCCGGGAAAGCUUCGUCCGCGGCAGAAGACUCUGAUCUGGACCUCCCCGCACUACUUCCUCAAUCAAAGUAUGAGAAAGUGGGCCACGAAAAGGAUAUACCUAUUGAUCUUGUUUCAUCCAGCGAAGCCCCUACACCUACCAAAUAUGGUGCUUCUAGGGGCAGCAACGUCCAUUCAGAUGACAAUGGAAUUGGUCAAUCAUUAAGCCCAAGGCGGUUGAAGUUACAUGGGCCUAGACCUCCUUCGCUUGAUGACAUCGAAGGUAUCAACCAAAUGGCGUGGGAAGAUGUUGAAAAUAAGAGUGACCGGCGUCGUGCCCUUGCCAAAGCUGUGUACUCACUAAAGGCCAAAACAGCCAUUCUGGUCCAGGACUUUGUGCAAGGUCAUGAAGACGAAGCCUUGCGGGAGGUCGUUCACCAGGGCUUCAUCGCUAUUCUGGACAAAGUCACUCAGGUGGAAGGUGUGGCUCGGUCUGAAUGGGGCACGGCAAGAAUCACCGCUCUAUUGUUUGCAUCGUAUUCUCUGGCUCGCAAGGUAGUGGAUGAGUCUCCUCUAGACAGAAAUAGGAUGCUCAAAGCAAAAAGUCUGGUCGACAAGGGAUACGUGCUGUUCUUCCCUGCGCUCAAAGAGCUUCUUAACAACUAUCUCAAAGCACAAUCAGUGAGAGCCGGAAAGAGGAAGUUCAGCGAUGCAGCAAGCCGAGACGUCAGUACCGCUGCCUCAGAUACAGAGUCUGCAUCUCGGGAGCCAACAUCUGCAAGAAAGAGACGCCGUCGUAUCAAAGAAAGUCAGAUGGCUAUGUCUUCACAACUAGCAGGACAGCAGCGGGUACAAGAACAGGAGCAGCGUAGAGCUAUCAUGGCGCAGAAAUAUCAAAACAUUCCGCGCAACAAGAUGGAUCCUGCUAGCCAUGCUAUUGGCGUCAUCGAACCAAUCGUCUAUCUUGACCCAAAGAUUGGUGCAAAGAUCAAAGCGCAUCAGAUCAGUGGCAUUCAGUUCAUGUGGAGAGAACUCACGACCGAUAAGAACCAGCAAGGUUGCCUGUUGGCUCAUACUAUGGGCCUUGGUAAGACGAUGCAGGUCAUCUCACUGCUUGUCACGAUUGCUCAGGCCGUCAAAUCUCCAAAUGCUGGCAUCCGAGAACAGGUCCCUCGUGACUUACAAGAUAUGAGAGCGCUCAUUCUAUGCCCUCCUUCUCUCAUCGAUAAUUGGUAUGAAGAAAUCCUGAUGUGGCGGCCGGAGCAAACUGUCCUUGGGGGCCUCUACAAGAUCACGCAGAAAACACGAAAGCAGGAUCGAAUUCAGGAUAUUGCUCAUUGGGCGUCUACCGCGGGCAUUCUGAUCAUCAGCUAUGAAAUGUUCCGUAACAUGAUAGUCAGCAAGGUAGGAAAGGCUAAUACUGACGAAAGGCCUUUCAACGACGCCGAUCAUGCUGCUGUUCAAGAACACUUGUUGAAUCAUCCCAACAUUAUCAUUGCGGACGAGGCCCAUAAGAUGAAGAACACAGAGGCAGGUAUCUCAACAGUGACCUCAAGAUUCAGAUCAACAAGAAGGAUUGCUCUGACUGGCUCCCCACUUGCUAACAAUCUUGACGAAUACUUUGCAAUGAUAGACUGGAUAGCCCCAGGCUACCUUGGUACGAAGGAACAGUUCAGAUCGAAGUACGCAAAUCCGAUCGCCGAAGGUCUCUGGAACGACAGUGAGCAAAGCGAUCGCCGAACAAGUCUCCGUAGGCUUCACGUCCUCAAGAAAAAUUUAGAACCUAAGGUCAGCCGUGCGGAUAUUACUGCUAUUGCCGACGACUUACCACCCAAGGCGGAGUUCUUCAUCACUGUUCCGCUCACGAAAUUACAAAUCAAGGCAUACAACCAGUACAUCACAACCCUUCUUGGCAGCGAUGCGGCCACUGCCUCCGGUAAUGCAAGACUCUGGGAUUGGCUUGCCAUUCUAUCCUUGUUGUGCAACCAUCCUUCCACUUUCUUGAACAAAAUCGAUGAGAGACAAUAUGGACCGGAGAGCAAAGCACAGAAGUUGAAAGCCAGACCAGACGCAUCAACAGAUGACGACAUGGAAGGUUCAGGGUUGCCGACUGAUGUCGAGCUCACCAACACAGAUCUUUCUGCAAAGGCGGUCGAGCUGCAGCACAAGAUCUUCCAAGGUAUGGAAGAUUCUGACCGUCUGGAAGACCCCAGCCUCUCGUACCGAUCUCAAAUUGUUUGCGAUAUUGUUGAGUUUUCAAUUGCUGCCGGCGACAAGGUCCUGCUAUUCUCCCAUAGUAUACCAACGUUAAACUACCUCGAGAGCACGAUUUCAGCUUUGGGGCACUCCACGUGCCGCCUUGAUGGGAGCACAAAAGUCACCUUGCGUCAGGAGGCUGUGAAGAACUUCAACAAAGAGACAGCAACCUAUACCGUCUUCUUCAUCUCGACCAAAGCAGGUGGUCUUGGACUGAAUCUUCAAGGAGCAAAUCGGGUGAUUCUGUUCGAUUAUGGUUUUAAUCCUAUCUGGGAGGAGCAGGCAGUCGGACGUGCAUACCGGCUGGGACAACAAAAAACUGUUUUUGUGUAUCGACUCCGGGCUGGGGGAACCUUUGAAGAGCUGAUCUACAACAAAGCAGUCUUCAAAACGCAACUUGCUGCCCGUGUAGUCGACAAAAAGAACCCAAUGCGGUCUGCAUCGAAAAAGGUAACAGACUAUCUCUUCCAUGUCAAGGACGUGCGACAAGAAGAUCUCACUUCAUAUUACGGCAAGGAUCCAGCGGUACUUGACCGAGUCCUGCGCACUUCCAACUACAUCCGUGACAUUACCCUCACGGAGACCUUCCAAAAAGAAGAAGACGAGUCUUUGACACCUGAGGAGGCUAAGCAAGCAGACGAGGAGCUCAAGAAGGAGCAGGAGAUGCGAAGAGAUCCCAGAGAAUAUGGGGAAAAGCUUGCCGAACAGCAGGCUAACCUACCAAACACUCGUGCAAACGCACCCUGCUCCACCGCAGCGCACCCCUCGCCCUACGGCCAUGGUAUCACUCACAGGCCGCCCGUCUCCGUCCGUCCUCAACACCAACAAUCGGCUUUACCAUCUGUCACACCGUACGAGCAAAUUAGCUAUGUCUCACGGCCUGAAGCAAUUAGUGGACCCCAGCAAGCAGAGGGCGCCAUGUGGGAUCAUCGCUCCCCACCACACCUUCAUGAUCAGGUCCAGAAUGUCCUCGGCGCUGUUCCCUGGCGACACGUCACACAAACAAGCUACCCGUCACCAACCGCAGCUACGCGACCUAAGGAAGUCAAGAAGUUCCCAGGCUCGCCUUCUCAGCUUGGUAGGCAGGUAGAUGGUACGGUGGACAGCAUGGACGAGGAGAUGGAUGCAAUGCAACUAAGCAAUGCGGCAGUGAGCGGCAGUGAGGAAUCGGAUGCUGACAUCGCGCAAUGCAAGGCUCAGUAG